AUGCCGACAAUUCUAAUUGGAAUAAAAGUGAGGGGAGAUGAUAAUCAUCAAAAGGUCAACACCACUGAGCCCGAAAUUCUUUAUGGUGCCUUGCGUGGGGUUGAGGAUGUACCACCCCUUGUGGUUACGAGUACAAGUACAACAACAGAAACGAAAACAACAAUGCCUCAAAAUCCAGUGCCACAAUUCAAAGAUGUGUUCGAAGAGAUUAAAUGGGAAAAAUUACAUGGUGGUACAAGAAAAACAUUCCUGUACAUAGUUUUGUUAGCUGAUGCUAGAUCCAAAGGCCAUCUUGCACUUGCUACAGCUACAUCAGGAAUUGCAGCUUCCAUUUUACCAUGUGGAAGAACUGCACAUUCCAGAUUUAAAAUUUCAACAGACAUCUUUGAUGGUGCAACAUGUCGAGUCAGUAAACAAACUUCUUUAGCUACAAUAAUCAAUGAAGCAAAACUAAUAAUUUGGAAUAAAGUACCAAUGUCUAAAAAAACAACAAUUGAAGCUUUAGAUGAUCUCUUAAGAGAUUUAGUGAAUUCAGAAGAAGUAUUUGGGGGAAAGGUAGUUGUGUUUGGUGGAGAUUUUAGACAAACAGUGCCAGUUGUUCGAAAAGGAACAAAAGCUGAAAUGAUAAAUGAAUUUAACUAUAAUAAUGACACUGAUGCAAUUGAAAAGCUGAUCAAUAUUGUGUAUCCUGAAUUUAAAGAUUCUUCAAAGAAACUGCAUUGCUCACAAAAUAGAGCAAUUUUAACUACAAAGAAUAACUUUGUAGAUGAAAUAAAUGGUCAAUUGAUCAAAAAAUUUCUAGAAGAUUUGACUGAGUACUUAAGCUAUGAUGAAACGUUGAAUCAAAAUCAUCAGUCUGAGUAUAUUGAUCUCCUGAAUACUCUUACACUUAGUAGCUUACCUCCACAUAGGUUGCUGUUAAAACCCAAUGCCCUAAUAGUUCUUUUAAGAAAUUUUGAUCCUACUGAAAUAUUAUGCAAUGGAACUAGACUCAUAAUAAAGAGUUUGAGUAAGAAUGUUAUUUGUGCUAAAAUUGCAGUUGGUGAUUUUUGUGGCAAAGAAGUUUUUAUUGUGACGACCCCACCUUCUCAUAGGGCCUAUCCUAGAAGUUAG